UUGCAGCAGAAAAGAAUGACACGCAGCUAGUCUGCAGACUUUAUUGCCCGUUUGGUCGCAGCGGCUCCGUAACUGGGGCCACGGCGGUGGAGCUGCCACUUAUUAGUAGUGACAGAUUUUUUUUUCUCGGUGUCGUUGCUCGUGCAGUGCAGAGACGAUGCAAAUAUCAGUGUGUAAUAAGAGAAGAGGCGCGCACGCGACUGCUGACAAAAAUCUUUCCUCUGGCUCAACCGUCUCUUCUUCUUUCUUCUCUAACUCGGACCCGCCACCAGGUCACUGUGAGAAUUGAUUUUGCAUUGAUCCUGUUGUUUUCCCUCUCUUCCCUCUCUUUUUCUUUUUCUUUUUUCUUUUAUUAUUCUCUUCAUCUGUUAUCUCAGAAUUGACUGUCAUCAUGCCUAGAGCCAAGCAGGAACCCGACAGCUCAGCCAAAUCCAGUGCUGCAGCCAUCCGCAUCCGAGAAAACCAGCGUCGGUCGCGGGCCCGCCGGAAGGAAUACGUCGAGGGCAUGCAGAGGAAGCUGCAGGACUUUGAGACGAAGGGCGUGGCCGCAACGCUCGAGAUGCAGCAGGCGGCUCGUGAGGUGGCCAUUGAGAACUCGCGGCUAAGGCUGCUGCUCGCCCAUAAUGGCGUCACUGUCGAUGCUGUGGAAAACUUCUUGCUGAGCUUCAAGGGCCAGGACGCCAAUGAGGCCGAGCACUACGCUGCCAAGAUUGCUACUGCUGAGUCUAUUGCUGCCCUGGGACGCUCGUCGACUGUGGCGACGCUGUUCCCGGAGCAUGCUCAUGUCGACAAGCUGGCUGUUCUGGCCAGUGCCAGCAUGCAGCAGAGCGCCUCUGGCCACGACUCUGACGGCACAAUCACCUCGGACGACUCCACGGGCCCUGUGACACCAAGCUCAAGUAACCUCAACGCACCCUCACCUAGAGAUGUCGACUUUGAGGCUGCGCCGCGGACAAUGUCUUGUGACGCUGCUGCUCACAUCAUUGCCCAGAUGCAAGGUUGUGGGUUUCGAGAACCUUCCAAGGGAACCCUAGAGAACAACGGCCAGAACGACUACCUGAUUCAAAACUCUGCGUUUCUGAAAAUUCUUGAGGCUGCGUCCAUAUUCAACUAGUCUCGGAGCUUACCAGUGUAUAACAUUCUUUUGACGCCGAUUUCAGAUUUCAGAGCAAGGCGAGCUGCCACGUGGUACUUUUUGCAGUACUGGCCAUGUCUUGUCGCUCUUUAUACUCUGCACAACGGCAACCUCAUGAUAUGAUUGAUGCUAUUUGUCU